AUAAAUUCCUUAGUCGUCUACUUCUGAACAAACACAGACCACGAUGAAUUCGCUGGUGGUGUUACUUUCUGUUCUGGCGCUAGGCGCAGCCAAACCAAGCUUCAUUAAAUCUGAUAUCAUAAGCUACGCCGCUCCCGCUCUCGCAGUAGCUCCAGCUGCGGUUUCACACCAGUCACGGCUAGAUAUCAAGUCAUCACCUGCUAUAGUCGCAACUGAAGCUGUAGCACCAGUGACCCGUACUAUCAUCGCUGAACCUGCAGUAGUUGCUGCCCCUGCUACAUACACCGCUCCUAUUGCAUACACUGCGCCAGCUGCGAUUGUCACUCACUCCGCGUAUGCUGCUCCACUCGCAGUUGCUGCCCCUGCCGCAGUUUCAUCCCAGUCUCGUGUUGACAUUAAAUCGUCUCCAGCCGUUGUUAGCAGUUACACUGCUCCAUUCGCUUUCGCUGCUGGUCCUAUAACAUACAGCGCUCCGAUUCCCGCAACGUAUACGUCAUCUAUUUACGCUCCUGCGAUAGCUCCCGCUGUGCCAAUUGUAAAAACUGUCUCCGUUAAUUCUGUUGCACCUGUUAACAUCGCGAACUUACCUGUAGCCCCCACUGAAACUCCGGAAGUUGCCGCUGCUCGUGCUGCACACCUUGAAGCAAAGGAAGCUGUUGAAGAAUCUCACAAAAUUGAAAAACGUUCAGUUGGAGUUAUUGCAAGUGCCCCUGUAGUAUCCACCUUCUCAACAUCUCCAGUCAUAUCCAGUUACGCGAAUUCGUUUGUGUACCCAUCACCAGUUGCUCGUGUCGGAGCCCCCAUUGCUGUAUCGGGUCCUGUCGUUACUGGUGCAUACGGAAUUUAUUCUUACUAAGCGCCAUCAUAAAAGCGAAGAACGUAUUCUAAAGAUGAAUUUAUUUAAACCUUUGUCAAAAAUAAACAAACAUUGAAUAUGC